AUGUCUGCUGAACUACCCGAGCAUUACAAAGACCAUAGAGUCUUAUUAGAGCUAGAGCUUGCUAUUGAUGAACUUGCCGAGCACAAAAGCACAAAAUUGACAGAAGAUUCAGCCUACAGGCCUUCCUUCUUCGCGCCAUAUCCCAGCAUCCAAGCGCCCAGUGAGAACAUCGUUGAUGAACUCCAGUCAACUUUGGCAUUCGAGGACACCUGUUUUACGGAGCCUGUCGACCGGGCCCGUCAGGUUGCAGGCCCCUGGUCGUUUUAUGUCCCCUACGGGCAGCAUCCUCCUGUUGAUGAUUACAAACCUUACAAGGAUUUGUAUCAAGAUGAUAAACCUGAGUUUGGGACUUUUAGGAUGACGGAUGUUCGUGGGAAAGCUUUACCACACACCAAGGCAUUCAUGUACAAUGACAUGGAUGCGACAGAUGGGAUAAUUCUUCGUGGGGAGCUCCUGACUAUUCUCCGCCUGAUGCUGGGCCAGCUGAGGAAGGUCUUUCUGGUCUCGUUUAUGGGCAAACGUGCCCGCGCAUUUGAGUCCUAUUUCAACGGCCAAGCCCUCGUCCUACGUACUACGAAACUCUACAAUUUCCCCGAAGAAAUCUCGAUCGGGUUUAAGAAUCGUGCAGAGUGGUAUCUCAGCUCGCCGACAGGGGAUACGUUCUAG